GAGAUGUCUCUAAUCACUGGAAGAGCAUUGCAUUAUGUCUUCAAAAUUGGCAAUCGUGCCAAGAAUUCAUUUUUCUUUCGAAAUAUAUUGGGCAUGAAGGUAUUGAGACACGAAGAAUUCAAGGAAGGCUGUGAGGCUCAAUGCAAUGGGCCAUAUGAUAACCGCUGGAGUAAAACCAUGGUCGGCUAUGGCCCAGAAUCCACACAUUUUGUUUUUGAAUUAACAUAUAAUUAUGGUGUGACCAGCUAUGAAAUGGGCAAUGACUUCGCCGGUGUUGUUCUAAAAUCUCAGGAAUCUAUCGAAAGAGCCUUGGCCAACAACUAUCCAAUGACCGAUGUUGAUGGCAAAAAAUUACUUUUAUCACCAGAUGGUUAUAAAUUCUACAUUAUACCAGAACCUCAACCAACGGUUGAAGAUCCUGUCGUUAAUGUUGGUUUACAUGUUACCAAUUUGGCGGAAUCGAAAAAAUAUUGGCAUGAUAUUUUGCUCAUGAACAUUGUGUCAGAAGAUGAAAACUCCUUACUGCUUAACUAUAGCAAUAUGCAGGCAGCAUUGAAUCUUAAACAAAUCUCCGAACCAUUGGACAGAGCCAAGGCCUACGGUCGUAUUGCCUUUUCGGUCCCAAAAGCCCAACAGCCUUAUAUUAAUGAUGUUAUCACCCAAAAUAAUGGUAAAAUAUUAACACCUUUAAUUGAAUUGGAUACCCCGGGAAAGGAAACUGUUCGUGUUAUAAUCUUAGCCGAUCCGGAUGGUCACGAAAUCUGUUUUGUCGAUGAUGAAGGCUUCACUAAAUUAUCGGCUGUGGAAGUUGAUGCGGAUAAAAAUCUGGAUAAAUAUAUUGGCAAAGAUCCAUUCCAAAAAGAAUUGUAUGCUGCUGAGGAAUAAAUGUG